CCAAACUUACAGUUGUGUAUAUAAAUGCAUCAUUGAAUUGGUAUGUGGGUAGCUACCUGCUUUCCAGUUUCCCAUAUUAUUAUAUAUUCAAUUUUCAAGCUUAACCUCCUCAGCCCUCGGCUCAUUUCAUGGAUCCCCCAUCUUCCACCGGAUGGUGGGGCAAGGAUACAAGAGCAAUAGUAACAGGAGCAAAUAGAGGAAUUGGGUUUGCACUUGCAAAAAGGUUAGCACAAUUAGGAGUAACUGUCAUUCUAACUGCAAGAGAUGCCAACAAAGGAAAAGAAGCCAUGGAUUUACUCAGAAAUGAAGGCCUUUCAGAUUUCAUCCAUUUCUGUAUCCUUGAUGUCUCUGAUCCUCAUUCUAUUUCAGCUUUUGCUGUUUGGUUUAAGCUCAACUUUGGACUUCUUGAUAUUCUUGUUAACAAUGCUGCAGUAUCAUUCAAUGGCAUCCACGAAAACUCGGUAAAACACGCGGAGGUAGUGAUAAAGACAAAUUACUAUGGACCAAAACUGUUGAUUGAGGCUUUGUUGCCCUUCUUCCGGUGUUGUUCCUAUAAAAGUCGCAUUGUCAACUUCAGCUCAAGGCUUGGUUUACUUAAUAAUGUUAGAAAUAAAGAAGCAAGAGGAAUACUAGAAGAAGAGGAGAAUCUAAGCGAGGAGCGAAUCGAAGGAGUGGUAAAGAUGUUUCUAAAGCAUGUAAAAGAAGGGACAUGGGAAAAUGAAGGGUGGCCAAAGGAAUGGACAGAUUAUGCAGUGUCAAAAGUAGCUUUAAAUGCAUACUCAAAAAUGUUAGCAAGAAGACUAAGAGAUAAAAACAUAGUUGUAAACUGCGUUUGCCCAGGAUUUACACAAACUGGUAUGACUGGUGGUAAAGGUAGUCGUACUGCUGAUAUUGCUGCUAAUAUUGCUGCUAAACUUGCUCUUCUUCCUCCUCAACAACUACAAACUGGCAAGUUUACUAAGGGACAAUCUCUCUUCUUACAUUCUAGGUUCUGAAAUCCAUUCGUCCCCUACUACUAAGAGACGUGUCUUAUAUAUGAAUUGAAUAGUCCAGUUCAUAAAAAUUAUUAAUAUAUAGGCUCUUUAUUUUGAAGUCGUCUUAGCAAAAGACGGUCUCUUACAAAAAUGGCUCUAAUAAUAAUGUUGUCAUUUUUUUAGAUCUUUGUAGUUAGUAAUUUCUUCAUAUGAAUCAAAGAAUAUGUGGAUUUUGAAAAUAAAUUAAUAUUUUGCAAUAUUUCCUCUACAAGGCCUACAAUCCCAUUUUCAAUUCCACUUGAUGUACCAAAUACCACUGAGGGCUUGUGGCCAACCUUAGCACAUGAGGAGUCAAACCCAUUGUAUUCAUUGAAAAUCUAUCAGGAGAAAUCGGUCCAAACAUGCAUAGCUGGACCACACAAACA